AUGGCUCUCACAUACUCAACGAUCCCGCUUCAAGUACAGGGCGUGAACCUUGACAUCGCCACAACCCACAAUUUGAACGGGAAAGCCCCCAUCUUAUUCUUACAUGGCUUUGGCUCUUGUAAGGAAGAUCUGGCCGAUAUAAUCUGCCAAGCAGAGCUGAAAAAUUAUGAUUAUCUCGCUUUUGACGCCCCGGGCUGCGGGCAUUCUAGAAGCGACAAUCUUUCAGCCACAGAUAUCCCUUUCCUUGUCGCGACCACCUUGGAAGUCCUGUCGCAUUUCGGAAUCACCAAAUUCCAUUUGAUCGGCCACUCUAUGGGUGGGCUCACUGCACUUCUCCUUGCUCACCAGUGUCCCGACCGGAUCCUGAGCUUUGUCGACAUUAAAGGCAACCUUGCGCCCGAGGACUGCUUCUUGAGUCGGCAAAUCUUCAACUUCCCUACCGAUGAUCCCCAAGCAUUCCUAGACGCCUUCAUCAUUCGAACUCGCGAGUCAAAGUCCCUUGGUAGCGCAUUGUAUGCGAGUACCUUACGCAUGCGAGUACAAGCUCGCGCUGUCCGUCCGAUUUUCGAAUCUAUGGUGCGACUGUCCGAUAAUGAAGACCUACUCGGAGUGUUCCUGGGGCUGCCAUGUUGCAAAAUGUUCAUGUUUGGAGACGAGAACCGCGGUUUGUCUUACCUAUCGCUGUUAGAAAAAGAAGGCAUGGAGCUAGCACAGAUACCGGGUAGCGGUCAUUUCCCUAUGUACUCAAACCCCGUCGAGAUGUGGCGCCGGAUUGCGGCUUUUUUGAACAGAAUUGUCUGA